CCUAACGGACCCGUAGAGAUCAUUGAUCCGUCACGUCCUUGGCCGCUCCAUCUUUUUCAUCGUGUCCCAUCUCCUGUUGCAAUCAUGGUGGAGUACAGCUUGCUCGCCUCUGCAUCCUCGGAGUGUUUGGCACACCUGCGACGACCAAUCUCGGAUCACGGACCUCGCUUCAUUUUUCACUUUCCUGAAGGUUUUUGACCACCAAGGACAUCUCCCGCUUUGGGAAAACAAUGACCUCACGUUUCGCAUCUCAAAUGAUGAUAAACUCAGACGUCGACUUGUAACGGGGACCCAUGGCUUUUAUUGUCGAGCAGUGCAAGCCGGCAGUCCGAGAGACAGGGCCUUUGCAAGAUGUGCCAAUUCGUGAGCCUCAGAAGUCAGGGUCUGCGUUGCUCCACCACGAAGAAGACGAGUGGGAGGCUAUGCGAUCGCUUAUACAGCAGAUUUAUAUAAGAGAGGAUCGAACGUUACGGGAACUCAUGCUGGAGAUGGACAGAGGGCACGGCUUCAAGGCUACACUUCGAAUGUACAAAACUCACUUUAGGAGAUGGGAGUUUCGGAAGUACAAAGAGAGGACACUCGCCAAGCAACGCAGUGGUCCUGAGAAGUGCAUCCCAGCAUGGGGUUCAGCUGGGUCACUAACACCUUUGACACCGCAUGUGGCAGAUAUCCCAGAGCACCGGAGGACCCUUUCCAUAUUUCAUGUUGUGUCAACCUUUAAUGAAUCCAGACUCGAAUGUUUCGCUUUCACGUCCGGAGUGCCCAGAAAUUCGCUUGAGCCCACGCCCUUGGGAACGUUUUAUCCCAUCGAGAGCCAAGAAGCAUACGGGUUGUUUCAAUUUUCAGCAGCUCUGUACCGCCGCCACCAUGGUCGUCUUGCCGGAAAAGCGGUCAGGAAAGCUUUCAUCCACGCGGAGAAAGCUGUAAGCGCUUUAGAUGUGCACUUUAUGUGGAACUUCCUCGACAUCAUGUAUGGUAUGCUCUUACGCGGACAAGAGGAACUCCUCCGGAUCUUCUUAGGUCACAUUGCGGCGCUCGGAUUCCGGGUACUCCCUGUCGAUCACCCGGUCGCCAGAGUGUUCAGGGUGCUUGCGGAAUCUACCGACGAAGAGAGAACGGCUGUCAUCACCCAGGCUUGGCGUUGUACAUACGACAUCAUGCAACGGCGGCUUGAUCCAUGGUGCUCGGUCGUGGAUGAAAUUGAUAAGAUGGGCUCUGAGGAUGUGGGAUACGGCGAUACCGAUCAUGACAUACCGACGAACUUUCUCGUCGUCAAGGGCGUCGCUUCUGACAUCCAGGACAGAGAAGCUAUAGGGCUCACCAACCUAGCCCCUAACAUAACAACCAAUGUCUCACCCGAGCGUGAAUUCCGGCAGUUGAGGAUCAAGUACAACACCAUCAUUGGUGUCAUUGAAUUGCUCGGUCCGGCACAUUUGACAAAAGACGAGCUGCUGAUGGAGCCGUUUUCACUCCAUCAAAGACUUGAGCUCAAAGCCUGGGGUGAUGCCCUUAAGGGAAGAUGCAACCAGCACUUAGCCCAUCAGCAGUAUGAUCAAGCCAGAGCAUGCAAUGACCAAAUCCGCCAGGCGGCGAUCAAGUAUGCCGCCACUGGCGCCUAUUCCAACGUCAGAUAUUUGCAGCACUUGUGUACGAUGGAAGAUAGAUUCUGUCAAGCAGGCGAUGUGGAAUAUGCGAAAGAGAUCGGUGCAGAUAUGCUCAAAGUGACCGAAGACUUCUUGAAGGAUAUUCCCGAUGAUACCGGAUGAACCCGACCAGAUACUGACGUUCAUUGUGAAAUCUCAGCGACCACUGAGAUGGUCAGGCGCCUAGAUACAAAGCGGUAUGUAUAUCACCGAACAUGGCAGGUCUAUUUGCCCCUGAAGCAUAAUCAUCAUUUCCAACUUAAUUUCGGAAUUCGCUCAUCAGGGUAAAUAUCU